CCACUCCUCCAGGUAAACAAGGCCGUCCUAUCUCCUCUAGGUAAAACAUAACUUAGUGCGAUUCCGUCUUAUAAGAGGAACGCGUCUUUUUCGUUCACAAGGUUAGGGCAUCUGGUUAGAUCGAUGGAGGGGAACAGUUGGAGGCCGACUCAGGAGGAGCCACAGUCCAUGCCAGAUGGGAGCUCCGGUGACUGGAGGAGUCAACUCCAGCCCGAGGCGCGCCAAAGAAUCGUGAACAAGAUAAUGGAGACGUUGAAGCGUCAUUUGCCAAUCUCUGCACCUGAAGGUCUAAAUGAACUUCAGAAAAUUGCUUUUCGGUAUGAGGAUAAGAUAUAUACUGCAGCUGCAAAUCAGUCUGAUUAUUUGAGAAUAAUUUCUCUAAAAAUGCUGUCAUUGUUGAGCAAGUCUCAACAUGCUGAAAGACCUGGACAAAUCAACCCAUCCAUUAACCAGAAUCCUGCAGAUCCAGCAACACUGGAUUCAAUAGCACCAACAGGACAUGCUACAGUUGCUGAUUUGCAGGAGGGGAUCUACCAAAAGGUCUUGGGUCAAUUCCCGGCGGUGCAAAAUAUCUUAUUGGGUGCUUAACCUCUCUCAUGCAACUAGAGCAAAAGGACCCUUGUGAUUUACCUGUUUGUAUCUUGCCGUGGGGCCGGUAAUACUGGGCGCUUGGGUUGAGCAAUAUCACCUUUUGCUCCAAUGAAGGCAAAAUUUUAUAUUUUUGUGAUGGUAGUAUUUGUAUAUUUUUUAAAAUUACACAACUAUUUGGGUUUUGAUACAUAAAUUACCAUCAGCUGGCAAGUGUAUAACGAGCCAUCGCGUUUAUUUUGUCUCUUUUCUGUGCGUAUGGCUUUGAGAUAAUUGAACAAGUUGAAUGGAUUAGGCUACAUUUUGGACUCUUACUAGCUGGAAGUGCUUCUGAUCGUCACUGCUGACGUUGUACAGUAGGUAGUGCUGAAUGACAUCAUUGCAUCCAGUUUAUUGUUGGUUGUCGUCACUACUUCCAUCAUAAUUCCAUCAUAGUGAUGAGAUUGGCUUUUUCAACAGAGCCUAUGGAGGGAGGUAGUGUAGAUGUAGAAGCUGUUGCUAAUAGCGUUUUUGUUUUUUGUUUUUCGAACCAUGCCGUAUUUAUUUUUUGGUAAUAUUUGCAAAGGUUUGAAUGUUGAGCAGAGUAGAUGAACGGAAAGAACACUGUGCCGAAGUUUUUUGGCCAAUAAAUUUUUUCAGUGAAGGUUUUUCCGGACAAAGUAUAUUCUUAAGGAUCCUAAUCAGGAUCCCAGAGCCACAAACUUCCUUGGAUAGAAGCUCGUCAUUGUUUAAGUUGUUUUUCAAGUGUUUUUGAAGAAGUCGAUUCUCUGUCUGAGUGAGAAGGAUAUUCUUCAAACGGAAGUAAUGGGAUAUUAAGUCCUUGUACAUCAAGUUUUAUUAAAUGUUUGGCUAGUUCAGUUUGUAAGUUUCUUCAUUCAGGAGGAGAACUAUCAAAAGUACAUAAGACUAGAGCUUCUUUUUCUUCAAGUAUGUGUUGCACAAUUCUCCUAACUCCCAAGUAGUUUAGGAAAAGUUUAUAUGGCGUCCAAAUCUUGAACCCAAAGUUGUAGAAGUUCAUAGUUUAUUAAAGUAAAGGGAGCAAAAAGUCUUCCUCUAUAGUUCUUCUGUUUAAAUUGCGCAUACUAGAUAUUAACUUUUCUGAAAGAGUAAAGUAAUUGACAUCUGCAGCCCAAAUCUGUCAAGUCUGGUUUAGAACAUUGAGGGAAAGCCGUGGUACAAGUAAUUUGGUAAGUAUAUUCUUCCCCGUAAAGAAUAGUGAUUCCUGGUGUAGCAUUUUGAUGGAACCAAUUAAGUGCUUCUUCCAAUUCUAGGAAGUGUUGAAAAGUAUUAGUAUCACCCAAACUUUGGAUGUAAGUACGUAUAUCUUCUGGCAAAUUGGCUUGAAGUAUUUCAAGUGAUUGAUAAGUUAUUUGUUUUUGUGGAACUGCUAAUAAAUCAGUAUCAAGUCUGGCAGGAGUGGGAAGUGUUGCUGUUGUUAAGUAAGACUUCUCUUCUUGUUCUUUUCCAUCAGUCUGUAGUAGUGGGCUGAUUAUAAAGUUUGGGUCCAAAGUAGUUCAUAAGCUUCAUCUACUGAGUUGAUGCCGUUAUAUGAAGGUUUCUUUUCUUCAGGUAACAGUACCUUGACUUUGUCCUAGUUGGCAUAUAGUGCAGCAUAAGGACCUGAAAGAAUAGCAUAACAUGACAGAGGUUUUUGCAAGAUUGUCAAAAAAUAAUUCGAAAGGACAUUAAUAGUAGCUAUUUUCUUAUUAGCUAUUCCUAGAGAAGUAGGUAUAUUCCCGACAUUGUCAAUUAGACAUUGUUGUACUGGAUCAAGUUGUGUUCUGAUAGAGAAUCGAGAAGUAUCUUCUUUUCCGGAGUACUAAGGAAUGUAUACCAAAUUUCAUGGUUUUAAAAUCAUAAGUACGGACUUUCUUUUGUUUAUCCAUCAUAAAAAAAACAGUCAAGUUAUCAAACGGGAUAAAGUAUUAGCUAAGAAAUUAUUAGUUCCUUUGAUAUGUUCCCAUCUGAUUCUUAAUCCUUUAUUAAGAAUAGCAUCUGUAAAUUUGAUCCAUCGUUUGGAUCCAAGUCCUUUUCGAGCGUCUUUAGGUUGUUGGCUAUAUUUUACUAUAACUUCACAUUCUGUUCUAAGUGUAAACUCAGGUUUACUACAAUGAAUAGCAUAAAAGCUCCUAGACAGGAAAUGAUGGCUAGAAUUUCAUAGUCCAAAGAAGUAAGAUGACCCUUUUCCUUAUAUUUGCUUGAAGCAUAUCUACAAAGAGCUUCUGAAGUUUUUGGGUGAUACUUAGAAGGUUUGCUAAAUAAUGCUCCACCCCAUCCGGUUCCACAACCAUCAGUUUCUAUGACUAUAUAUAUAGUCUGAGUCUAAGGGGAGGGUUAACAUAGGUAAGUGUUGGACCAUAUUUUUGAUUUGUUUUCUCUAGAUCUACAUCUUGUUAGUUAAAAUAUCUCUGCCCUAAGGUUUUAUUAUAUAAAGGGUCACUGAUUUUACCAAUAUUGUUUAAAUAAGGUUUGACAUAAUUAAGUAAUCCUAAAAGGAUCUAAGUAUUUUAAUAUCUUCCAUUUUAUUUGGAAAAGUUAAGAAUUUGCUCGUUAUUUGAGCUUGGAGUGUUAUUUUUCCUUAUCCAAUAAUGCUUCAUAAGAAUUGUAUGACUGUUAAUUUCAUUUUCUUUCUGGAAACAAUUAGAUCAUGUUUUUCAAAUAAGUUAAAAACUCGGUGUAAAUGAGCAUAUUGUUCUUUUGUUUUAGAGAAAACUAGAACGUCAACAAUAUAUACACAAAUAAAAGUAGUUACUUCCCUAAAAAUAUCAUCCAUUUUUCUUUGAAAACCUUGGGGAGCUAUUUUUAGGCUAAAUGACAUAACUAGUCAUUCAAAAUGUCCUUCAGGACAAGAGAACGCGGUCCGAGAAAUAGAGUCUGGGUGCAUUUUAACUUGCCAAAAUUUAGAUUUCAUGUCAAAUUUAGAAUACCAUUUUUAUUUCUGAAUUUUAUUGAGUAGUUGCUCCUUAUUAGGAAUUUUGUAUCCGUUUUCAUGACAAUUUUCAUUGAGAUUUUUGCAGUUAAACACCAUUCGAGACUGUCCUCCUUUUUAUUCUGCUCCUUAAUUUACAAUAAAAGCAGGACUUCUAUGUCUAAAAUCUGAUCUUUUGUAUAGCCUUUAGAGCCAAGAGUUGAGUAAUAUGCAUUUUACAUUCUUCAGCUUCCCAAUUGGUGUAUUUUAAGUCUUGUGCCUUAAUGGUUAAGUCAGAAUUGAUAAUAUUCAAUUUACAAUAUAUUUUAUCCCUUUUCCCUGUAUUUGGUAGGAGUUUCUCCUAUGAUUUCUAUUUUUUCACAUCUAGAGAUAACUGUGUCUAGAUUGUCUUGUUGGCUUAGUAAAGUAUAUAAGUAAGAAGGUUUGAAACAAUCCUGAUAAUAAGUAUCUAUGUCUGAGUUAAGAUUCCUAAAAUACCGAGUAACUAGAUCGUCUAGUUCUUCGGGGCUGUUAUCUCCAAGUAUAUUUAGUUUUCCUGUAACGAAAUAUUAACGGUGGGUUUUAUUUUACAAUUAUUGGGUAUAGAGCAAGGACAAGAAUUGGAAGAAGUAGGAUUGUAGGUUUCAACAGGAGGGGUGUCAUCACGCUUACCAGCGCGAACCUUUGAUGGGUAAGCCGACAGAAUAGGCGAAAUAAUAGGGGUGGAAAGAAAAACAACAUAAUCCUUGGUUAGUAAGAGGGCUUGAUCCGGCGAAAUAAGAAAAUUAAGAUCAAGAAUGAGAGGAAUGGACUUACAGGCAUAGGGCGAGUCCAAAGUUGAGAAAGAGAAAGAGGAGAACUAAAAACGCCACAAUUCAUAUAAAUCUGAUAUAGACAUUUUUUACAAAUUUAUGGCAACUUAAUUCUGAACCGUCAAACUGUGUACUCAACAAGGGAGUAUUAGUAGUUUUAAUAAGAGAAGUAGGAAUAAAAGAAGUGAGCAAUGUUUCAUCAAUAGUGGAUGCAGCCGCACCACUAUCUAAGAAAGCGUGUAAAGUAUGUUCAUGACCUUGAAUGUUCAAAGUGCACUGUACUUAAAUAUCACUAGUCAGACUAGUGUUAUAAGUGUUUGGGGUUUGAAUAAAAACAAAUUCAGUGUUGUCAGGUUCUUCAGAAAGCAUAAGGCCUUUGCCUUUAUCAUGAGUAAUAUCUUGAGUAAAAGAGGAUGGACUAGGCUGAGUAUAAGGCUGGGGAGCAAGUUCAGUUUCUAAUAAGUUCAAAUGGGUUUCUAAGAUAGAAACUUUAGAUUCCAAUAGAGUAUUUCUAGUACUACAUUUAACCGAAUGGGUUUGAGGAAUACUAAUUUGGAAGAGUCCAUCAAGGCAUAAAUUGCAACAUUGACGUUUGCAGAGUUUACAAAUACCACGAUGAAUAAUAGAAGGAUAAUAUCCACAAGCAAAACAAGGGAAUUGCAAUAGGAAGGCAACAAAUAUAAAUGGCGAUUUUUUACUAACCAUACGACUAUCUAGAUCUGGUUGGCAGAACAAGUUUUUGUUAAAUAACCCAUAACACUUUUCGAUGCUGAUAUAUGGCUUUUCGUGAUAAGCUGUAUUUUGUUUUUUAACAUUGCUUGUUCCAAAUUAUUUAUUUCAUCACCCUUUUUACUAACCUUAUGACAUUAGCUAGAUCUUGUGGGUAAGCAUUAUAUCUUUGUUAAAUAAUCCCUAAUAGUUGUGAAUUGUGAUAUAUGGCUUGUUGUAAUAAGUUAAGUUUGUUUUUAGCAUCUUACCUGUUUCAAAUUAUUUAUUGAAUAGGGCAUAGGAAUGGGAAUCCAUGAAAAAUCAAAUACUCCAUCCAGAUUUGCUUUCUUUAAAUUGGCAUUCUAAAGUCCUAUCAUAUACUUGCUAUUUACAUAAUUACUUUGUGUUUCCACUCAUGGCAUUGCUAUGCCUGAUGUACACAAACCUACACGGCUAUGCAUGCUUCCAUUACAGUAUCAGCAUAAAUCAAGCUUACUGAUAAAAUUAUCUAUUCAUUGAUUGAAGGUAAGCAAUAUAUUCUUCAUUUGUGGCAGAUUAAGUCCCUGGAAGAUUUUCUACUUGGCUGACCUGAAUGACUAACAUGCAA